AUGCAAGAAGAAGAAUCAAGCAUGGUUUUAAAUGCUAAAUUGAAUGUCGCAGCAGCAGGAACCUCAGAUUCUGGCACCAGCAACUACAGGUUACGCGCUAGCAAACGUCCCAGGCAAGAUAACUGUGCCUCAAUGGCAAGCUUUAAAGGGGUUGUGCCACAGCAAAAUGGACAUUGGGGUGCACAAAUUUACGCCAACCACCAGAGGAUUUGGCUUGGGACAUUCAAGUUCGAGAAAGAAGCAGCUAUGGCUUAUGACAGCGCAGCGAUCAAGCUUCGAAGCGGAGAUUCCCAUAGAAAUUUUCCAUGGACUGAUCACAACAUCCAUGAGCCGAAUUUCCAAAACCUUUAUACCACAGAAGUUGUAUUGAACAUGAUCAGAGACGGUUCCUAUCGAGCCAAGUUUGCAGAUUAUGUCAAGAUUCUAUCUAAAAAUUAUGGGAAAUUGGACACAAAUCUCAACAAAAAUUUGAUGCAUGGUGAUAUACAAUUUUCUUGUAUGCAACUUUUUCAGAAGGAAUUAACUCCAAGUGAUGUUGGCAAGCUUAAUAGACUUGUCAUCCCCAAAAAAUAUGCCGUUAAGUACUUUCCAUACAUUUGUGAGAAUGAUCAACAAAGUAUUGUAAGUAGUGGGAUAGAAGACACUGAGCUUGUUUUCUAUGACAAGUUAAUGACGACUUGGAAAUUUCGGUAUUGCUAUUGGAGGAGUAGCCAAAGCUUUGUUUUCACAAGGGGUUGGAAUCGAUUUGUGAAGGAGAAAAAAUUGAGGAAAAGCGACACAAUCACAUUUUACACAUGUGAGUGCCCUGGUGGGGAAAAAAAUGGCCAAAAUUUCUUCCUAAUUAAUGUAAACUAUAAUGAGGAGAACGUCUUUAACAGAUUAGAAUCAUCAACUCAUCAAGAUAAUUUGCCGGUAGAAUUGGAAGUGAAUUUGGGGAAGAAUUACUACUGCAGAUCAGUAGAUAACACUCAGUUUAAUGAAGACAAAGCCCUCAUUGGAUUUGAGUCAGCUCAUAAUGUGGAGAAGAAAAGCAUUACCCUUUUUGGAGUACAGAUUAACUGA